GUGAGAGGAGCGAGGGGCGGGGAGUGACGCCAUCCUGUCAGUUGUUGUGACGGAGAGUGACCCGAGCGAUCCACCAACCGUUCCCCUCUCGAAAUUACAUUUCAUAAACAGUUUUUUUUGUAUGAAACUACCCAUUUUAAGUGUAUAAAUAUGUCUGCCUUAUUUGCAUGUUCUCGGUGCUUCAGCCGGCACCCGUUCGAGGAGCUCUCUCAAGGGCAGCAACUGUGCAAGGAGUGUAGAGGUUCGUUUCCCAUUGUAAAAUGCACAUACUGUCGAAGUGAAUUCCAACAAGAAAGCAAAAGCAGCACUGUCACAAUCUGCAAGAAAUGUGAAUCCAUGGUUAAACAAUAUGGUAAGCCUUCAGCGUGUGAAUACUGUAACGUUAUAGCAGCCUUCAUUGGUAACAAGUGCCAACGUUGCACCAAUUCAGAACGUAAAUAUGGUCCACCUCUGUCAUGUGACCAAUGCAAGCAGAAAUGUGCAUUUGACAGAAAAGAUAUUGACAGGAAAAAGGUAGAUGGAAAAAUAUUAUGUUGGCUAUGUACACUCUCAUACAAGCGAGCAUUGGCAAAAACAAAAGUCACAGAUCCUGCCAGACAUUCUCAUAUAAAACUUGGGAUGCGGUCUGGUCACCAUGAGAAAAAAGACAACCGACCCAAAAUGAGUGGUCACAACAAAAGACCCAACAGACCUGAUGUUACCAAGAUACCACAGGAUGAACCUCCAGCAAAGCUGGGAUUAUAUGAUACAGACAAAGACACUCAGAGUAUGGAAAUACAUGACAAUAUUAAGGCUGUGGUAUCUAGGAAUUCUGGCCCUGUUCGUGACAUUGAUCCUGGGACUGCAGAUCAGCUUGUUCUCAUCACUCAGCUACGAGAACAGAUUGCUCGACUUGAAAAGCAGCUUUCUGGAAAAGACGCGCAACUCUUAGCAAAGGAUAAACAGAUGACUGAAUUAAAAGCAACUCAGUUUACGGUUCUGCAAGAACUUCGUCAAAAGAUGAAAAACUUCAACCGUGACUAUGAUAGUAAAGUUGAUCUCCUCCAGAAAAAAAUUCGGGAACAGAACCGUGAAAUUGCCGUUUUAAGCAAAGGUAAAAAGAAAGGAGACAGGGGUGCUGUGCUGUCGGCAACGGACGGAGGCUCCUCUGGAACAGACAGCCCUUCGGUUGGGUAGUAACAUUUAUAAUAAAAGGGGCACUUCCAUGAUCAUAUUUCCUCAGGUGGUAAAGCUUAUAAGGUUUUUGUGUUUUGGCUGGUCUCUCUGGAUUACAUAAAUAAUCUAUAUAGGGUAUAUUUUUUGAGGAAAGAAAAUUGAUGUAAUUAGACGUUAACAGAUGCAUGUUCAUGCAUAUGGAUGGUACACGUGCAUGUAAGCAUUUAUUCAUUAUUAUAUGCAUGUGCACAAUUGUAUUCAUUCAUGUACUCAUACUCAGAAAUGCAUAUUGUGAAUGCAUUUAUUGACAACAGUAUUCUCUGGCAGUGUAACAACAUUGUUGAGGCAUGACAUGCAUGCAUGUACUUGUGUUUGACGACACAAGCAUACACACUCACAUGCACAUACUCAUAAAUUUAUUAUAAAUUUAGAAUUGUAACCAUAUGUCCUUCUAAUUAAGGCUUGUCUAUUUAAUUACUAAAUGUAACAAAAAAAUAGUUUUGAUAGUUCAUUCCAUAAUUAGUCAUAUUUUUAAUAUAGUGCAUUUUUUAAUUAUUUGCAUAUUAAAAUUAUUUUAAAAUUGUUUUAGUAAUUUAUCUCCAUCAGUAUUAUUAUUGUAGUAUGGUAUAUUUUUUUAAUGAAAAUGGAAAGUGCAGCAAAUACAUUUGUUAGUUUGAGGUUAUGGAAGUGCCUGGAGUGUUGAAAUUGUUUAGCUGUGUGUGUGUUCUCUUGCAGCUAGAUGCAUUUCUUGUAAAAGUAUGAGGUAUUUGGAGAAUACAUAUAUUUUUAAGCAUAUUUUUAAAAGUAUUACCCCUCGGAAGUCUGCCCUUGUGGUAAGGGGGCUCACGUAUGACUCGAUGGGAUCAGUGGGGGUUACCUUGGCCCCAUUCCCUGUCCCUCUGGGUAUUGUGUGUGUGAAGGAGACCAAUGUAGGGUAUAUAAUUUACAUUAUAGGGCAUCUGAUGCCCUAUAAUGUAAAUUAUAUAUUUAAAAUGAGGCUGAGUGUAGUAAGAGGACCUGAGCUAGUUUGUUAUACUUUAUUGUCAUAGGAAAAAAAAAGGAUUUUUUAUUUGUAAAUAUUUGUACUGUAAAUUAAAAGGCACCAGUCAAAAAUAAAAAUCUUAUACUGUAAAUGCAUUAUAAGCAUGGUUUUACAUUAAUGGCUAAAUUGUUCACACUACAUUUUCAGGGUUCUGAAAAUUUAGAAAUGAAUUUUUAUCAUAAGUCAUAUAUAUGAAGCUGGAAAAAUAUAAUUACUGUUUAACAGGCCAACUUGACGUGUAUGUGGAUAAUGCAGAGAUACACAAAGAGGCCACUGUGUGUGUGUACGGUUUGGGUGAACUUGCGUAGCUGCUUUCAUUCCCCAAAAGCAUUUUGUAGUGCAGUUUUGUUUAGGGUUUUUGAUGAUGCAAUCAUUUUGACUAGGGAAGUCAUGCUAUUGCAACACUUUUAUGACAAAGGUGGCUAAAAUAUUGUAAUAAUUAAGUCUACUUAACUUUCAAAUUGAAAUAAGAACAUUUAUCACUUGUUUCAUCAUUUAGUCCAUUUCAUUUAUUUAUUUAUUUGUUCAGGUUUAUCAUUGGACUAAAGGAAGAAUUGGGACUUUGGAAAAUAAAAUUUAUAUAACUGUGACACUACAAUAUAUUCAGCCCUUGCAACUAAAUGUGGGGAUAAAUGGCAAAGUUAUUGUUUUACCAGCAUUAUUGUUACACAAGUUUUGUGACCAUUGUUAAUGGUGUGUGUGUAUAUAUAUAUAUAAUAUAUAUAUAUAUAUGCAUAUGCGGAAAAUUCACAGAGAAAUGGAAAAGAAAGAUGAAAGUUUCGGCCGAUCUGGGCCUUUGUCAACACCAGACUGACUGAAAGAAAUCACAAAGGAAGAGUGGAGGCAGACACUAGAUCCUGACCACCAUCUCCUGGGGAAAGAAUUAACCAGAAAAAGGUAUAGAUUAGCUUAGAGUGGUCAGAAAGAUUUAAGCGGUAAGAAUAAAAGAUUAAAGAAAAGGCAUCUUCAUCCUUGAUGCCUUUUUCCCUUUGAAACUCCCUUACCUUGAAGGUUGGCCUCAUGCAUGUUUGUCCUCAUUUUAUUUGAGCUGUGUUCAUAUGGUAAGAUCUAAAUGGGCAUCUGAGAAAUUCUUUGGGAUUAUCCACAUGAUGAUUUGUUCAUUACAUAAGUGAAGCAGUUGCCAUUUGCUGGCCCCCCCAAAAUAAUAAUCGAAAUUGUCACAGUAUGCAUGUACGGGAGACAGUAGAAUACAUGAAGACAUGUAGGAGUAUUAAUAUACUGUAGUAUUAAUUCAGUU